GUUUCGCAAACACUUUGGCAACCUUAGUCGAACAAAGCGGCAUGGGAUACACACGACACAAUUUAUAGAGACGCUACCAAAGAGAACGUGCAGAUCUUAAAUUAUAUUAAUCAUUCGCUAAAAAAGUCAUAUAAAUAACAAAUCCAAGCAAUCUUUGACUCCGGCUUUAUUUUUGCCGGUGGCGCGAAAAGUACACACUGCGCGCGUGCGUUGCCCAAGCAUCGAUUUUUCCGCAAUUGCAACUAAAGCAGUCGCAUCGGCUUCCGCGACCCCUCGAUUGGAUAUUCCUGAAGCGCUGGACUUAUUGUGUGUGAAAAAUGGGUGCUUACUUGUCGCAUCCGAAGACGGAAAAAGCGUCCACAGAUGAAUUCAAUGAAAUGCUCGUCGUGGGUGCCAGUUCGAUGCAGGGCUGGCGCAACAGUCAAGAGGACGCGCAUAAUUCAAUAUUGAAUUUUGACACGAACACAUCGCUUUUUGCGGUUUACGAUGGUCACGGCGGUGCUGAGGUGGCGCAAUAUUGUGCUGAUAAACUGCCAGAGUUCCUUAUGAGCCUCGACAGUUACAAGAGCGGCAAGUUGGAGCAAGCUCUCAAAGAUGCGUUUCUAGGAUUCGAUAAAACAUUGCUCGACCCAACAGUGGUCCAAACAUUGAAGAUACUGGCUGGCGAGCACAAUAUUGUUGAUGAAGAUGGUGAGGGGUACGACGAGGAGGACGACGAAGAAGAUCUCGCUGAAUUGCAUGAGGAGAGUAAUUUACCGUUGAACGAGGUUCUAGAGAAGUACAAAGGCCUCCCCCAAACCCAUGACCUUUCAUUGCUUAAGGCGGACAGCGCUGCCGUAAAGUCAAUGCCGUGUCUGCGUGGUCGUCGUGCUGCGGCUGUCGCUGCCGAAGCGGUCAAUAAAGCUGUAAUGGAUCCAACAGCUAAGCCUGCAGGUUCCUCAACCUCGGCAGCAGCUGCAGCUGCUUUUAAUGAAAUAGACGGGGCUGGCCCAAGCAGUUCAAGAGUUGGCAAGCUGGAACCAGAAGAUGAAUCCACAGUUAGCAGCAGCAGUUCAAGUGCUAGCAAAACCACCAAUUCACCUAGCACAAGUAAUACUCCUAAGGAUGAAUCCGUCAUCAGCAAAACUUCAGCGAACAAUAGCAGUGGCGUUGCACCGACUGAGCAGAAUGGUAGUGUUACCUCUUCAGAGGCUAAAGCCGUGGUCAAAGUUGGAAAUGAGACUCCCGCCGCAACAGAGGAAACUGCUGUGUCUGGUUCCAGCGAUAUUGCAGAUAAAAAAGCAAACGGAAAUGUGGACAAUUCUACACCCGGUAAACCAGAGCCCGCUGACAUUUCAUCAACUAGCAAGGAAUCGGAAAAAGUUUUGAAAAAAGCCAAUUCUGCACAAGACGAAGAUUCCACCGACGACGACGCCGAUUAUGACGAGAACGCUUUGAUUAAAGCCCAAGAAAUUACUGCAGCUGAUAGCUCUUCGGAUGAGGAGAUGGGAGAAGGUAAUGACGGUCAUGAUGACGAUGACGACGACGAUGAUGAUGACGACGAGGACGACGACGACGAAGACGAGGAUGACAAUGUUAGCGAAGAUGACGCCGAUGAAGACCAGCUAGCAAAUGAUCAUUUCUGCGCCAACAUGAUUGAAGAACCUGGUAAAGAUAGUGGAUGUACAGCGGUUGUCUGCUUGUUGCAUGGCCGUGACUUAUAUGUGGCGAAUGCUGGAGAUUCGCGGUGCGUUAUUUCACGCAACGGAAAGGCCAUUGAAAUGAGCCUAGAUCACAAGCCCGAGGAUGACGAGGAGUCUACACGCAUUGUCAAGGCAGGUGGUCGCGUCACCCUUGAUGGUCGCGUUAAUGGUGGGCUAAAUUUGUCCAGGGCUCUGGGAGAUCAUGCAUACAAAACGAACUUGGAGCUGCCAGCUGAAGCACAGAUGAUUUCCGCGCUGCCGGACGUCAAGAAACUAAUCAUUACUCCAGAAGAUGAGUUUAUGGUCUUGGCUUGCGAUGGUAUAUGGAAUUACAUGUCCAGCGGGGAGGUAGUCGACUUUGUGCGGAUGCGUCUGAAAAAUGACAGCAAGAAAUUAUCGCAAAUUUGUGAGGAGCUUUUUGACAACUGUUUGGCGCCAAAUACAAUGGGCGAUGGCACUGGAUGCGACAACAUGACCGCUGUCAUUGUGAAAUUUGAGCAAAAACUGCAAGAACUAAAAUCCACAAUAAAUCCAGCUGAGACGGAAAACGCAAUCCUUGAUGCUGCUAAGGAAAAGAAACAAUCCAUCGACGCCACUGCGGAGCAAAGUGCUCUCAAACGUAGCGCUUCACCAGACGCAGGAGCUGAUGAAGCUAACCGUUCCGAAAUUACUAGCAAGUCAAAACGAUUGAAGAUUGAAGGUAACUUGCUGGAGUCAGAGGAUGCAAAUGCAAAGAACGCCACCGAUGCCAUUAGCUGCCCACCAUCAUCGGUUGGUGAACAGAAGGAAACUGUCAGCCUCAAUGCAGGCAACGAAACUGCGGUAGUCGUAUCAUCUACAUAAAUUCUAUUAUUGGGCCUACAACACUAUAUAAAUGCGGGCUCUUAGAGCAAAGAAAAAGAAAACAAUUUCCAAAUUAUUUAAUGCAAGUGUAUACAUAACGAAUAUUCAUUUGUACACAUAUAUUUUACCUAUUCAUAAAUAUAUUCUUUUUAUUUUGUUCUUUUCUAAAAUCGAAAAA